GUAAUGCCAUGCUCCGACUUACUCAGCUCCUCUACUCGAUCAUCGAGUCCCUCUUUGCUCUUUGGGUCUGGAUCACUCUACGGCGUACGAAGUUGAACGAAGAAGACAUUGAAUCAAUCAUCGUGCCUUAUCCCAUCCUUGCACCAUCUUUCCCUGCGAACAGAUACGAUCUCAGAACAGCAAGUAGUGCGCAGCCUACAGUAAACGGUCGUGAACGUGUUGUACAGGCUGACAAUCACAACAAUCAACGCCGGUGUAUCGAAGGGGUGGAAAUCCCCGGUGAGCAUACCUGUUGACUUGUUCACUGGCGCAUCAUGGUGUUCAUGAUAGUUAGUACAGGCGAUACCAUGGCCGACGUCGUCGAGGGCAGUGUUCCCCAAGCCGGUGCCGGGACGAUUUCAGAGGGUGCUCGUCUGCAAUCUGAGAAGCUUUGCAACAUCAGCGAAGGCAUAGCUCCGAGUCUGCCUUCAUCCCCAAUUCCGUCGUCAUCGUGCCCAUCUCUGUCCGACUCGGUUGGAACGUCGGUGGCGUCAACAGCGGCGACAUCUGUUCCGCCCACACCAGUUGAUUCUCCAUACCUGGGAGAACUCGAGGUCAACAUCGGAGGUUCCGAGAACGUAUCGUCGGUCGAAGACGCACACAACGUUGGCAUCCUACACGUCGCUCCGAAGCCGAUCGAGUUUCCGCCCCAGCUGUCUCCCUGCCCAUCUCCUCUCGCUCGCAGGUCGUCGAACCUUGUCCCGAUCCUCCUAUCUUCUGCAUGCGACUACUCAGGCAACCCCUGUGCCCCUCUGACGCACACGCCUGAUCCCUUCGGCGCGUUCUCGGAGUCCCACUUCGCGGACGAACCAAAGGGAUCUGUCGACAGCGCCCAUGCAGCCCCGGAUCUGUACAACUUCGAUAUCUAUGCGCCGAGCUCGACGCCACCUAGGCGUCAGCGGACCCGAGAGUUCAGAGAAAAUCGCACGGUGAGCAUUGCCGCGCGGUCAACAUCCGAGAAAGCAACACUCUCGAAUCCAGCAAAAGAGCAGAACCGUGACAGCGCUCGUUCCGCGCCCAGCAAGGGACCUCAGGAGACCGUCUGCAAGGCUCCUGUAGAGAGAAUAUCAGAGUGUCCCCCCAGACUACGGAUCCUCCUCUUGCCCCAAGAAGUCGACCGCCGCGCUUCACGCGAAAUUUCGGCAGCUACUGCGCCCCCUCGAGGCAUCCGUCCUCUUAUGCUCCCUCUUCACAUCGCGCAGCGCGACACGAUCACAUGUUCCCCUCCCGCUCUACCAGAUCCCCGUUUGAGCCAUGCGGCGGGGGCUUCGAGGCUCUCGCUUCCUUCCGCGAAGGCUCCGGUAUCCUACCCGCCUCCUCGGGUCCGGCCUUCAUCUGGCAGCAACCUCCGAGAUCUCGAACACGGCUCCGACGCCCCUGGAGAUGCUAUCUCGAUAGUGGAGAAGGAGAAGAGAUGUUCGAGGAACCUCUCGGACAUCAUCUCGCUGCUCGACGAAAUCGGCGUUGCCGGCAGCCCGCAAGGCGAAGAUCCUCGUCUUCGCGCAACCGUCGCCGCCGGCACACUCUAUUGCCUCUCCUCGGCAGAAGCGUCCAGGGACGCGGUGGAGGUGCCUGUCCGCGAGGAGCUCGACGACUCCCAGGACAAACAAGAGGGUAUCCGUGCGGGUGGAGUUAGUGCGGCGUUCGACGGACCAGGCGGCCAGCCCGGAUAUUCGGGUAGACUGAGUGACAUUGUGACCCUUCUCGACCGGCCGACGAGCUUGAAUGAGGUUCCGAGGGCUUACGGCCUCGAGCACGCGGAUGGGGUUAGGCCCAGGGAGCAAUUAUAUAUGUGGGGUCUCGCGGUAUAG